AUGAUACAUAAGUUUUUGGAUGGAAGGUCCGCUCACGCUAGUGAGCACAUGGAUUUGGUAUCAAGAACCACUGAGAGGUUGCCCUUUGAAGAGUGGAUUCAGAACGAGCCUAAACUGCGGGACUUCAUAAUCCCUCCUCUACCCGCGUUUAAUGGAAAAGGAGACCCUCUCAACAACCUAUUCCAAUUUCAACAGAAGAUGGCCCUAGAAGCCAACAAUGAAGCUAUACAGUGCAAAGUUUUCUCCACGACUUUCUCUGGGCCAGCCCUGCUGUGGUUCAGGCAGUUGAAACCUGGUUCUGUCAACAGUUUUGGUGAUCUCCGCAGAGCCUUUCUCCAACAGUAUAAUGCUAACCGCGAGGUACCAAGAAUGAUGGCAGAUCUUUACCGAAUUGAGCAAGGGGAAAAUGAACAUCCAAAAUCAUACCUGCAAUGUUUCUUCGACCUCGUACAUCAGAUCCAAGAUGUCGAACCAGUCACCGCGGCUAAGCUCUUCGUCAAAAGCUUACAGGUGAGAUCUCUCUUACAUGAAAACCACACCAUGACACCACCUUAUGACAUGGCUGAGAUUCAGAUCCGUGCCGAGGGCGUCUUUAGGCUCCUGGAAUUUCGAGAGCGUGCGCAGAAGAAAUCUGCACUUAUCUCUGCUCCACCAGCAAAUAACUGUUAG